AUGGUGAAGGAGGUUCAUCCAUCGAUGGCUGAUGAGAAUACGGACUCGAAGAACAGUGCUGCCGCAUUGCUUCGCGUGACCAAGCUUGUCAGAUCACGAGACUCAUCAUACUCAUUGGCAGUAUCAACGAACAUGCCAUCCUCCCAUCCCUCAGAUAAUUGGCCGAGUUCGAAGUUUGAGAGCUCAGCUGCGAGUUGCAGCCUGACUGAAGGUGCGCGACUGUUUAGUUUGGAUGCCAUUGGAAGUAUGGUGGGUUUGCCGCUCUGCUGGCGGAGGGGCAUCACCUGUCUCCCUCCCUCUUCUGCGCCUAAAGGAGCACACGAUCAUGAUCUCCUUCUGGAACAACCAUGCGCAUUCUACAAUCCUAACGACAACUGUCUCUGGGCGAUUGUUGUCAUCCUGCGUCCCACUGGCUCUGACCUCCCACUCACACUGUCCCUUUUCGUCUCCUUCCGCCUCUGUCUCCCCACCCGAGCGUCCGAACCACUUCAUCCACCCAUUCAAGAGCUUUACGCCCUCUCUGAUGCUCUCCCACCUCUUCCGCAUUUCUCCACAACGAAACGUCAACUUUCAGCAACCAACGAAGCACUUCCUCCGCUAUGGCACUCAAUCACCCAUCUCCAAUUAACGAAGAACAGAGCCCAGACGGAGCACGAUGAGGGUUGGAUUCGGAGUGGGAGGGAGGUACAUGCCUGUGCAAACUUACUAGGUUCAAUCUUCAGCCAUCAAGACUAUUGCGAGGAGUUCCAAUUGGGGGGAAGGAUCAACGCCUCCUUCCAACUUCCCAAGAACGACCUCGGAUGCAUUGAUCACUCGGGGCUGCAAAUCGGGUCUUCUGGAGCCCUUCCUUCGUGA